AUGAUUCUGGCAAUGGUUUGGAUCGAGUUCAUCACCUACGCUCUCCCUUCAAGGCUUCAUUCGACAGCUUUGAGGAUCGACCCACAAACCGAACUUGUCCUGUUUGGCACAAGACAUGGGAACCGAAAUCCAGAAGUUUUCCUCGACGAGAAUCCACGAACGUGGGGCUUUGAAGGCGACGCUGAACUGACAUCGAUUGGAAAACGGCAAGCUCUUGGAUUGGGCAAGGAACUGCGGAAAUUUGUGGGCCCCUUCGUCUCAGAGAGCUACAACCGCACGGAGGCGAAGUAUUACUCCAGCUCAGCAAAUCGUUGUCAAAUGACCCUUCAGGUGGUACUUGCCGGACUUUACAGGCCAGUUGGUUGGGCGGACUGGGAUCCGUCUCGGCAGCUGUUGUGGAGUCCUGUUCCUUACACCAUCGACGAUCCUAUGCUGAGAAUGUAUGCAGUGAAAGAGUGCACAAACAGCGAUAAAGGUACUUAA